AUGAUCAGCAAAAUCGCUUUCGCGAGCGGCCUGCUCUCUGCUAGUGUCAGCGCCCAGGGCGUCGGCACGCAGAAGACCGAGACCCAUCCCACGAUGACUUGGCAGUCGUGCACUUCCCCGUCGAGCUGCACCACGAACAAUGGCGAGGUUGUGGUCGAUGCCAACUGGCGAUGGGUCCAUGACAAGAACGGCUACACCAACUGCUACACGGGCAACACCUGGAAUUCUACGAUCUGCCCUGACAACAAGAGCUGUGCCGCGAACUGCGUGCUCGACGGAGCUGACUACGCUGCCACCUAUGGCGCCACCACGAGCGGGAACGCCCUGUCGCUCAAGUUUGUCACCCAGAGCUCAAACAAGAACAUUGGCAGCAGACUGUACCUCAUGGAGUCUGCGACCAAGUACAAGCUCUUCAACCUGCAGAACAACGAGUUCUCAUUUGACGUUGAUCUGAGCAAGCUUCCUUGCGGCCUCAACGGUGCGCUGUACUUCGUCUCCAUGGAUGCCGAUGGUGGCAUGUCCAAGUACUCGACCAACACCGCCGGAGCUAAGUACGGUACUGGAUACUGCGACUCCCAGUGCCCUCGCGACCUUAAGUUCAUUAACGGAAUGGCCAACGCUGAGGGCUGGGAGCCGUCCUCAAAUGACCCCAACGCAGGAGUGGGUGGCUCGGGCUCAUGUUGCGCCGAGAUGGACGUGUGGGAGGCCAACUCGAUCAGCACGGCCUUCACGCCGCACCCGUGCACCAACUCUGCCCAGCACAUCUGCUCCGGUGAUGCCUGUGGCGGCACGUACUCGGCGACGCGGUACGCGGGCGACUGCGACCCCGACGGGUGCGACUGGAACGCCUACCGCAUGGGCAACACGGGCUUCUACGGCCCCGGCAAGACGGUCGACACGACCAAGAAGUUCACCGUCGUCACCCAGUUCACCUCCAGCGAGAUCAAGCAGUACUACAUCCAGAACGGCGUCAAGAUCCAGCAGCCCAAGUCCACCGUCUCGGGCCUGACCAGCUACAACUCCAUCACCUCGGCCAUGUGCACGGCCCAGAAGACCGCCUUCGGCGACCAGGACGUCUUCAGCCAGAAGGGCGGCCUGUCCGGCAUGGGUACUGCGCUCAGCAAGGGCAUGGUUCUUGUCAUGUCCCUGUGGGACGACCACUACGCCAACAUGCUGUGGCUCGACUCCAGCUACCCCGUCAGCGCCAGCACCAGCAAGCCCGGCGUCGCCCGCGGCACAUGCGCCACCAGCAGCGGUGUCCCCUCCGACGUCGAGUCCAAUGCUGCCGACUCCACCGUGAUUUACUCCAACAUCAAGUUCGGCCCCAUUGGCUCGACUUACUAG